AUGGGUACAACUCCAUCACAUUUUCCUACAAAAUCUAAGAAAACUGGAGUCAUCAUUUCUAAAUCGACUCUUGAUGUUCCUUCGUCUUCAUUAAUCACUGAAAGUAUAUGUGAUUCUGAUGAUGACUACGACUCUUUGCGUGUUUCGUCUCUCUUGUCAAAAAGCGCUACACCAACUACUCGGUUCAAACGCCGAACAAAAAUCCAAUCGAUUGACAACAUGGGCUUUGACACACAAAAACACUCGAAACGAGCUUAUAGCCAAUCCCCCUCUCCAAAUCACUUCAAUAAAGAAAAGUUCGAAAAAGUUGGGAAAAAUGAGAAAGUCGAUUUUUUUAAAAAAUCGAAAAGGUCGACUUCCGCUCGAGACUCCUUACGAAACUCGUUGAGAAAUUCCCCGAAGAGCACCCCAUCGCCACAGAUCCCGGAAACUUUCAUUCAAAAUGCAUUAGAUUUGAUUCAUUCGGAAAAGAUGAGUGUUGUCUUUGAUACUGAAAUUGAUGGAUGGGAUGCGCGCGAAUUAAAUGCGCACAUCUGUGGGUUGAAGAAUGUCCUCUUUUUAAUAUUCAUUCCAAACGAACAUCCACUUGGCUUCUAUUCUAAAGACAUCAUCCCACUCUCUACACAAUUCGAGUGCACUCACGUCACAUCAUCAAACACUUUUAUAUUCUCCGUCGAUGAAACCGGAGACAUCAAAACGUACUUUAGUAACUCAAAUUCUCAACGAAGUUUCACACUUCACUCAAAUGAAGAAAAGAACUUCUUGUUCACGUGUUAUGCCGCAUUCUGGAUAACUUCAAAUGCAAAGAUAUACCCACACAACGCAGCAUUUAAAACUUUCCCAAAACUCCCGGAAGUGUUCUCUUCAUUAAAGAGAAGUGGGACAGAUUGCUCCAAAUUUGUCGUCGUUCAACUCUCUGAUGCUUUGUAA